GGAAGCAUGAGAUGGCAUUCAAUCUGUAACAUGCACAAGAAAAGGCUUGAUAUACUUUUUCGCGGGCAGCGAGAUCAAUGGGAUGGAGGAGUUGGCAGCAAUAAACACAUUCUUUUGAACUUGAACUUGUAUUGCAGAUGGGGCAUGUCAUCAGUAAAGCUGCAGAUGGGGUUGGUGGUCUACUUGAAAAGGCGUUUUUGGCUCCAUUUAAGACCAUGUUUGGUGGCUCAUGCGAGAAUGUGUGUUCAGGACCCUGGGAUUUCGUUUGCUUUAUUGAGCAUCUAUGUGUCUCCAAUCUGUUGAAACUGUUAAUGAUCUUGGUCUUCUGCUACAUAACUUUAUUAUUCUUCUAUCUAUUAUUCAAGCUGGGGUUAUUCCAAUGCAUUGGAAAAAGCCUCUGCAAGAUGUGUUGGGCUGCAUGUGAGACAUACUGGUAUGCACUAGAAGAUAUUACUUGUUUUCUGUGGUACAAGCUAAAGAACACUAAGAGGGUAAACCGCCGUCAUUACCUCCAUCGCCGCUGCCAAGUUCGAGACAUUGAACAAGGAUACAGUUCAAGCGAGGAAAUUGAUUUCCGGGAUAACUAUCAUAAUUUGAAUGUCAGCAGAAAGCGGAAGUCACUCAGCAGGAGAAGAAAGGACAAGCUGCAGAGAUCUUUUUACCCAUCAAGUAGGCAUGGCACUCAUAGCCACCACCAUGUAAAGUCUAGGGGAAGGUCUGUUCAUGUUGUGGGCAGAUCUCAAAGGCUAAGAAGCUCGAGACAUCUUCAAUCAAGAAAAGUGAGAAAUGUUCGAACGCAAGCCAGGACUUCGAAGAGGAGGAAACUUUAGUUGAUUGUCAGUGAUUCUGA